GUUCCCAAUAUAUAAAAUACUUCUAACACUCAAUAUUCUCACCCUCUCCUUUUCCACUCUUUCCCAGCUAGCAAAUAGACCACAUUCUCAAAAGUUCAAAGCUUAAUACUUCCACGGCAAAGAAGAUGAGACUAAAACCAAACGGGUAUUGAAAGUUUGAACUGAAUUCAGAGGUUUUAAGGUUCAAACCUCUAAUAGGAGAGGGCCAUGUCCGGCCUUCGAUGCGCUUGAUACCAUAAACCAGCAAAGAAGCCCAUGGCUGGUGCAUAGUCAAACAUGGGUUUCUGUAAUUCCCAGAAGAAUGCCCUCUUCUCAUCUCUGUUUCUUUGAUUCUUCAGAAGGGAAAGCCUUCUUUUUUCAUGUUUGAGGCGACAGCAGACAAGACUAAAGUGGGAAAAUCACACGUAGGGGUUGUUUUUGUAGCCCGAGCGACCAUGGACGUGAACAUGAUCAUUGAGACCGACAAGGAAGGUUACGCUGAGCUUUUUGUGAAGUGGUACGAGGAUCCAGAAGUCCUCCAGAUGGUGAAGAAGAGGGUUGUAAAAGCCAUAUCAAUGAUGGAUAUCGACAACGUGAACAACGGCGUCGCUGAUACGCCAAAGCAGAAAUUGAAGUGGUACGAGAAUCCAGAAAUCCUCCAAAUAUUCAAGAAGAUGUUUGGCCCUUCACUGUACGAAGAUGUCAUGCCUGACCCCACCUCGUUCCUCAGUCGCUGCCCUAAAGGCUUCGAAACGGAUUUGCGGCUGGUCCGGUGGGGCCAGGAUUCAGACAUACUCGACAUGGUGCGUAAGAGGAUGUUUGAGCCUCCUCUGAACGAAGAUGGAAAGCCUGAAGGGAUCACAUUUUCUUGCUACUUCCCUGAAUGCUAUGGAACAUAUUUGCAAGAAGCUUGGCCGAUGGUGAAAUCUGCUUUAGAAGAGUAUGAUAUUUCAUGCAUAUUGAAUUUGGUUUUUCAUUACAUAACAAUCAAAACAACCAGGACUACUGACCCAGAUAUUAUUGUCAAGGCCAAGCAACUUGUUGAACUCUUGUCAAUACAUAUUCCUGUACAUCAGGCAAUUAGAGUACUGAGUGAUAUACAAUGGGACAUCAUCAAGAUUGGGCUAGGUGGUGGGCUUCGCUCUAAAUAUGGUAUCACGCUGAUCAAUGUACGGAGCGGGUGAAACUCCUCAUGCGUCCCUUAAAUAUACUUGGAGGACUGACGGCCUGCAAGGUGUUUUUUCGUGAAGACAACAUUGCUGUUAUGGGUUCACCAUUGGGAUUUAAGCUAAUCAGGAGGAUCGUGGUAGAUUGCAUUGUUCAUAAGGUGGAUCCUGCGUCUCGUGUGAAUGGGAUUUCAAAGUUCAUGAGUUUCCAAGUGAGGAAGAAUCUUGAGGAUUUGCAUUUGUGAAGAAUCUCGAGGAUUUUGGAGUUAUCUAGAAUCUUGAUGCUUUCAAGUGAGGAUUUAUUUAGGGUUAUAUUAUUAUUGUAGAAGAAGCUUAAAGUGUUAAUUGCACUGACUA